CCCGUUCUUUCGUCGGUUCCUUUCGCAGCCUUUCAAGCCAGCCCCAACCCCCCCCCGGCUGUCCUUCACUGUGCCCUCUUCCCUCGCUCCCCUCCCCUGCGACCAACUCUUGUUUCUCUGAUCCAAUGCCUGCUGUCUUGGGUCAGCCCGUCUUGACCUUGGCCACCGAUGCCGUCCAGCAGCUGCGUGCCAUUGAUGAGUCGGAUCUCUCGACCUUUUGGGGUGUCAUCACCAAAUGCAAGGAUAACCUGGAAAAGGGCCACCGCCUCGAGAACCUGAGUUGGAGGCUGUGGUACUGUUCCGUGCAUCAAAAGGGCCGCAAGGAAAACGACUUGGCCCAGGCUGUGGCCUCGCUGCCCGAGUACUUCCCCCCCAGAAAGACUCCCACUGCCUCGCCGCAGUCCCUGCCCUGUCGCGGCGACUCGCUUGCCAUCACCAGCCUCGAGUUGCCGUCUUCGAGUCGCUCCCAGCCCGAAACAGCGCCCCAGCCUCGUCCCCAUCUUCAAGUCCAUGCUCAUGAUCGUCCUCCACCGCAGUCCCAGUUGCAGCCGCAGCCGCAGCUCCUGCCUCAGCUUGACACCGCUCCUGCUCAUACCUCCGAGCCCGCUCGGAUGAUCAUAGACGUGCGGCCCGAGGUGCUGCCCCUUCCACGCAUGCCUCACUCGGCCGACUCCAACACCACCGUUGUCGAACCCUUCGCCCCUCCGGCUCAGCCGCAGGCUCACCAACAGACUCUCGCCCCUUCCGUGCGGGUAGCCUCCCCUCCAGCUGCUGCCCCCGCUCCUGGUGGUGCCUCGGACGGCAAAGUCAAGUUCUUCUUCUCGGAAACCAACUCGGAGCGAUCGGACGAAGGCGAACCUUCGGACCACCUCGUGGCUGGUCCUGCUACCGCUGCUGCUGCCCGUGCCACCCUGCUAUCUGCUCCACCGGCUGCUCCUCGCAUUCGCCCCACGGUCUUCUCGCCACCACCCAAGCCCAAGCCUGCGGCCUCAGCCAGCCGUCCUCCUGUCCUGGCUCACCGGCCCGCUGGCCCCUCUGCUGCGCUCCAGGACGAGGCCGGUCCCGAGUCGGACUACAGCACCGACACCUAUGCCGACGACGACGAUGACGACUAUGACGACGACGACGACUUUGACGACGACUAUGACGACUACGACGACGAGGAUGACCCGCUUGCAUCCGGCAGCGGUUCGAUCAUGUUCGAAAAGGUUGACAUCACCGACAGCCCCCAGCAGUCGCCCGAAAAGCGGCGGUCGCUGCUCUCGGAUGCGCUGCUGCGAACCUCGGCAGGCACCUCGCUGAAGCGAAUCAGGACACACUCGCGGCUGAAUGUAGCCUCGCACGACCACACAGGCGACCCGGCUCCGGUCCAAGACAAUCUUCACGCGGACCCACAUCUCACUGAGCUGACCGAGAGUCUCCGGCAGAACCUGAUGCACGAGCGCCGCCAGCCCUUCCUGAUGUCUCGAAACCCGAGCGCCGCAUCAGAGCAGCAAAACUACGAGGACCCCGAGUACUGGUAGAGCGGACGAUCGUGUCUAUCCCGAGGAUUCCUCCUCACCCCGAUCGAACGGCUUCGUCAGCGACCUCGUCAACGAUCCCGUGAUCGAUCUCACCAAGCGGCUCUGUGGAGAUCCGACGGCCAGUCCGAUCAGACCGGCGUCCCAGGGCCCGUUGGCAAUGUUUAGGGCUCGUUAAUCACUCGCUGCCCGGUGGCGCGGCGAGCCGAGUUCCCUCAAGCCAAUACGCCUCCCGCCCAACCUCUUUCAUGUUUACCCCCGUACGCAGUUCGCUUCCAAGCCCUGUCAUCGGUAACGCCUCCCCCUCCCUCAUUUAUCG